AGUAAUAAUUUGUUAAACAUUGUGAAACUCUAACGCAAUUAAUUACUUGAGCCUACUAUUGGUGAAAUGUGAACUUAACUUUCUCAAAUAUGUUAACCUCUACUUUAUACUAUAAAGACGCUAUGCUUGCUCCAGAGGAUUAUGGACUCUUAUACGAUGAUAGAUGGUUGAAUGACCGAUGCGUAGAUUUUUAUUUGGAAUAUCUUGAAUACAAUUAUUCUAUAAAAGAAGAAUCCAAGGUUAAACCAAAUCUUUUGCGAGCAUCGAUGAGUUUUCUCAUAACAAAUAUUGAAGAUGCGAAAUAUCUUGCUAGCGCACUUCCAAAACAAAUAUUUUCUGCUGAUAUAAUAUUCAUUCCAGUAAAUAAUAAACAGUCCUUAGAAAGUUUUAUUGGAGGAAGUCAUUGGUCUUUGCUAAUUUACGUAAAACAGAAUAAUAAAUUUUUAUAUUAUGAUAGUGCUAAUAAUAUGAAUUCUUAUAUUGCUUAUAAAUUUGCAGAUAAAAUUUCCGGUGUUCUAGAAGUCAAAAGAAAUAAUAUUGUCGUUGUAAAAACACCUCAACAAAAAAAUGGUUCAGAUUGCGGAGUAUUUGUACUUUCUAUUAUUGAUCAAUUUUAUCAAAGAAUUAUUGAAUUACAAUCAAAUUCAGAUCAAAUAGAUUUUGAGAAGAUUUUAGAAGUUAAUGAACAGAAUCUUUUACUUCCUUCUGAUAUGAGAAAAAAAAUUAGAGAUCUUGCUAAUGAGUUGAAAGAUUCAAAGUAAUGGAUUUAAAUUUUUUUUUAUUAAUCUAGUUUUAAUGGUUAUUUUUUCUUGGGUCUUUUAAAUGAUAAUUACGCUUAAUAAAAUUCCGUCAUUUUGAAUACAGUUU